AUGGACCAAGGGCGGGAGAGCAUGGAAUUUCAAGAUGCAAAGUCACAUACAUACUCGACCGCUUCCUCGUCCACCGAGAAUGACUCAGAAUUUGCUCCCAUCCGUAGCGACCCUGUCCCUCUGCAGGAGUCGGCGAGCCGGCCUCCCAUCGGCGAGAGAAAGUCCUCGCUCUCCAGACCACUCACAGAAGAUGACAUUGUGCGCUCUCUAACCCGCCGCCGUACUGCCGGGUCUGGUAUGAGCGAUGAUGGGGAGGAUCUAGCUCAAAUCGCGCGGCUGAUCUCUCGCAUGUUUGGUCAAGACCGGAAGGCUCAUUCAAAUGAAGAGAAAACCAGACACCUGGGAGUUGUAUGGAAAAGCUUGACGGUCAAGGGCGUUGGCCUCGGGUCCGCCAUUCAAAUGACGAAUUCUGAUCUUUUCCUGGGGAUCCCGCGGAUGAUCAAGAACUUUAUAUCCCGAGGCCGAAGCAAACCAGUCUUGCGAACCAUUCUGGAUGAUUUUACGAUGCUUCUUGUCCUUGGACGGCCUGGGUCUGGAUGUUCGACCUUCCUCAAGGUGAUUGGGAACCAGAGAUGGGGAUACAAGAGCGUGGAUGGGGAUAUAAAGUACGGGGGAACAGAUGCAGAGACUAUGGCCAAGAACUAUCGCUCUGAAGUCCUAUACAACCCCGAGGAUGAUCUACACUACGCAACAUUGACCGUGAAAGACACUCUGAUGUUCGCAUUGAAGACCCGAACCCCAGAUCAAGAAUCUCGACUUCCCGGCGAAUCUCGAAAAGCAUACCAGGAGACGUUCUUAUCGACCAUCGCCAAGCUAUUUUGGAUUGAACAUGCACUUGGUACGAGGGUGGGCAAUGAAUUGAUCCGGGGAAUCUCAGGAGGAGAGAAGAAGCGUGUGUCCAUUGGAGAAGCCCUGGUGACGAAAGCUAGUACGCAAUGUUGGGAUAACUCAACCAGGGGUUUGGAUGCAAGCACUGCGCUCGAAUACGUCCAGAGUCUCCGGAGUUUGACCGAUAUGGCGAAUGCGUCGACGCUGGUGGCACUCUAUCAAGCGUCCGAGAACCUUUACAAUCUUUUUGACAAGGUCAUCCUCAUCGAAGAUGGCAAAUGCGCGUACUUCGGGCCGACUCAAAAUGCAAAAGCAUACUUCGAGCGCUUGGGCUUUGAGUGUCCCCCUCGAUGGACGACUCCCGACUUUUUAACAUCCGUCAGUGAUCCAAACGCCCGACGUGUCCGAAAGGGCUGGGAAGACCGGAUUCCUCGUUCUGCAGAAGACUUUCAAAACGUCUACCGCAAAAGCGAGAUCCAAAAAGGUGUGAUGGCCGAUAUAGAAGAUUUUGAACGAGAGCUCGAAUCGCAGGAAGAGGAGCGCGAAGCGAUAAGAAAGAGUACACCGAAGAAGAACUAUACGGUGCCUUUCCAUCAGCAAGUCCUCAUUCUCACCGAACGACAGUUCAAGAUUAUGUACGGUGAUAGACAAACACUUAUCGGGAAAUGGUCACUCUUGGUCUUCCAGGCUCUCAUCAUCGGAAGUUUGUUCUACAAUCUGCCGGAGACAAGUUCCGGUGUGUUUACUCGAGGCGGAGUCAUGUUCUUCAUCCUCCUGUUCAACUCCCUCCUUGCCAUGGCGGAGCUUACGGCUUUCUUUGAUAGCCAACCAAUCAUCCUUAAGCAUAAGAGCUUUUCUUUCUAUCGUCCAUCGGCUUUCGCAUUGGCGCAAGUGUUUGUCGAUAUACCAGUGAUCUUCAUUCAAGUCACGCUGUUUGAAUUGGUUGUCUAUUUCAUGUCCAACCUUUCACGGACCCCGUCCCAAUUCUUUAUCAAUUUUCUGUUCAUCUUCACCCUUACACUGACAAUGUAUGCUUUUUUCCGAACUAUCGGUGCUCUUUGCGGCUCGCUUGAUGUUGCAACUCGCCUGACUGGAGUUGCAAUUCAAGCUCUCGUGGUCUAUACGGGCUAUCUUAUUCCCCCGUGGAAAAUGCGCCCAUGGCUCAAGUGGCUGAUCUGGAUUAACCCAGUUCAGUAUGCUUUCGAAGGCGUAAUGUCCAACGAGUUCUACAAUUUGGAUAUCCAAUGUGAACAGCAGAGCAUUGUUCCACAAGGCCCCAAUGCAGUACCUGGUCAUCAGACGUGCGCACUGCAAGGGAGUAAACCCGACCAACUGGUGGUUCAAGGAGCCAGCUACAUAAAGGCUGCUUAUACCUAUAGCCGCUCUCAUCUGUGGCGGAACUUUGGGAUUAUACUCGGAUGGCUGAUUUUCUUCAUCGCAAUGACCAUGAUAGGGAUGGAAAUACAGAAACCGAACAAAGGUGGAAGCUCUGUGACUAUCUUCAAGAGAGGACAGGCGCCGAAGGCUGUCGAAAAAGCGAUCGAGAAGCAGAAGACUCCGGAAGAUGAGGAGAUGGGAAAAAAGGAAAACAGUUCCAGCGCUGACUACGAAGGGAGUUCGAAUGAUUCCGAGGAUGUGCAAAUUGCGCGAAGCACGUCCGUCUUCACUUGGAAGGAUGUCAACUAUGUUAUCCCGUAUGGCGGUGGAAAGAAGCAACUUUUGAAGGAUGUCCAAGGCUAUGUCAAACCUGGUCGGCUCACUGCCCUGAUGGGUGCUUCUGGAGCUGGAAAAACCACACUUUUGAACGCCCUCGCGCAGAGAAUCGACUUCGGCGUCAUCACCGGUUCUUUUCUAGUGGACGGGAAGCCACUUCCCAAGAGCUUCCAGCGGGCAACAGGCUUCGCCGAGCAGAUGGACAUUCAUGAGCCUACUGCCACGGUGUUGGAGUCACUCCGGUUUUCGGCGCUUCUCCGCCAACCAAAGGAGGUUCCUAUCCAAGAGAAGUACGACUACUGCGAGAAGAUCAUUGACUUGCUGGAGAUGAGAUCCAUAGCAGGAGCUGUGAUAGGAUCUAGUGGAGGCGGACUGAAUCAAGAGCAGCGCAAACGACUCACCAUCGCGGUUGAACUUGCAAGCAAGCCACAGCUAUUGCUCUUCCUGGACGAGCCUACGUCUGGCCUUGACUCAUUGGCCGCUUUCAACAUUGUGCGGUUCCUUCGACGGCUGGCAGACGCCGGACAAGCAAUCUUGUGCACUAUCCAUCAGCCGUCGGCUGUGCUUUUCGAGCAGUUCGACGACCUGCUACUGCUGCAGAACGGCGGUCAAGUGGUCUACAAUGGGGAGCUGGGAUCUGAUUCUAGCAAGAUGAUCAGCUAUUUUGAGAAGAACGGCGGCAAGAAGUGUCCGCCUCGUGCGAAUCCUGCAGAGUACAUGCUCGAGGUCAUUGGCGCCGGAAACCCAGACUACAAAGGGCAGAACUGGGCCGACGUGUGGGCCAAUUCGGAAGAGUGUAAGCAGCUCUCACAGGAGAUUGACAACAUCAUCGAAACACGCCGCGACAAGGCCGACACGGGAAAAGAGGACGAUAAUCGUGAGUACGCGAUGCCCGUCAUGGUGCAGGUUUGGACCGUGUCGAAGCGUGCCUUUGUCGCCUACUGGAGGAACCCGCAAUACGCCCUGGGCAAGUUCAUGCUUCACAUCUUCACCGGUCUCUUCAACACCUUCACUUUCUGGCACCUGAAAAACAGUUACAUCGACAUGCAAUCGCGCCUCUUCUCCAUCUUCAUGACACUCACCAUUGCCCCACCGCUCAUCCAGCAGCUGCAGCCCCAAUUCCUUCAUUUUCGCAACCUCUACGAAUCCCGCGAGGCCAAAGCCAAGAUCUACUCGUGGGUCGCCUUCGUGACAAGCGCCAUCCUCCCGGAGCUGCCCUACGCCGUCGUCGCCGGGUCUCUCUACUUCAACUGCUGGUACUGGGGCCUCUGGUUCCCGCGUGACUCGUUCACCUCCGGCCUCACCUGGAUGUUCGUCAUGCUGUACGAGAUGUUCUACAUCGGGCUGGGCCAGUUCAUCUCGGCGUUCUCGCCGAACGAGCUGCUCGCCUCGCUGCUCGUCCCGACCUUCUUCACCUUCGUCAUCAGCUUCUGCGGUGUCGUCGUGCCCUACGCCGCGAUGGUGCAUUUCUGGCGCUCCUGGAUGUACUGGCUCACCCCGCUCAAGUACCUCGUCGAGGGCAUGCUGAGCAUCGUCAUCCAUGGCAUCCCUGUCUCCUGCGUCGAGCGCGAGGAGUCCUUCUUCAGUCCGCCGCCCGGGUCGAACUGCCAGGAGUAUGCCGCGGACUUUGCGCAGCAGGCGGGUGGCUAUGUCCGUGACGCGGGGAAUGGGCUCUGCGCAUACUGCCAGUAUUCGAGUGGGGAUGCGUUUGGCAAAUCGUUUAAUGUGUUCUACAAGAAUAAAUGGCGGGAUUAUCUGUCAGACAGCGUUGGUAUACGAGAUCAUAUGGCAAACGACGUCUCAGUCCCCACAGGCGAACAGCUAUUUCAGGAGUAA